UCGAGGAGGGGUGAGGCAGUAGGCAUAAAUUUAGUAGAAAGUGAAGUGAGGGCUGUUGUGUAACCAGUGACGCGUUGCUAAUCAACCGGUGGAUCCCUUAUCGAUCAACAUGAAGCUCCAAACGAGGCUGAGGUGUCAAACGAUAGUGGUAUUGUGCUACGCUGUACUAACAUCAGCCGAUCAGGACUAUGACAAUAAGCUUACGAAACUUUGGUCAUUAUCAAGUGCUUCGAAUAGUGACGGGUCAUCAGUUGUAAAUGUGACCAGUGCCUCAAUUGUGAUACCUUCAAGUUACAGUAACCCAAAUUCAGCUAGGACAUCUAGAGUUACGAAGAACUUCACCCCUUACGCAUUUCGACCGCGAGCGAUACCCUUGAAGAGAGUUCAGGAAACGCCACAAGAAAAGAACGUCUAUUACACACAAGAUAACAAAUACAAGACGGAGAUACUUUUCCCUGGCAAUUAUUUUGCAAUUCCCAAAGAGAAAAGUACGGAGAGGAAGGAACCUGUAUAUAACCCUCUCAGAGGUGGAUCGUUUGAACCUCAGGCGAUACCUUUGAUAAGAAGCCAGGGACUGGAGAAGAGAUCGCUGGAUGCUAAUAUAGAUCCAAUCACAGAAGAGCCUGAAGAGUUGCCAGAGCCACAAUCUGCUUCUAGAAGAUCAUUGUCGUAUAUCUUAGGAGCCGAAGAAGAAGAAGACAAUGAGGACGACGAAGAUGGUGAAUACGAAACUGAAGAAGAUUCUGCAAAAGGAGGACUGCAUCCCCACAGGAUCAAGCACAAACUGAAGAGAGCGAAGAAAUAUUCAAAGUACAUGAUGCCUUUAUUGCUAGCGUACAAAUUGAAAUAUUUUGCCCUAGUUCCGGUGAUGAUGGGCGGUUUAAUACUGUUAGUAGGCGCGACAGGAAUGGCUGGGUUUUUCUUUGCCUUGUUCGCAGCCGUUAUGGGUCUGCAAAAAGGCGGGUAUUAGAUGUAAGAUUACAAGUCGACGUUCUCGCAGAUGCCAUCAGAUUUAGAUAGAGAAAUGAGGAGUUGAUGAACAAAACGGUGUAACUGCAUGGAAUAAUUUA